AUGUCGUCGCUUCUAGCCGCCAGCACACGAGCGCCGCGACGCAUACUGGCCACCGAACUAUGCCUUGGCUCGACUCAAAUCCGCAUGAGAUCCAGGAUAGCCCCUCGCCUACGAGAUAAAUAUUACCGUGGCAGAAGAGUCUUGACACCUGAGACUCUGGCUGCGGAAGAAAAGUUCGAGCAAAGCAUGACGUCCGCUGGCCAGGAACUGAAAACCGAAUUCGACGAGUUACUCAGGAGAAAAGGAAAGGCGACUUUGCCGGAGAGAAUGGGUCUGGUCCAGAGAGAAGAAGAGAUGGCUUUGGUAGAGAAGAUGGGCCUGGCCGAGACCACCGCUGCGGCUGCUUCGGAACUGUCUACCAAGCAAGCCCUCUUCAUCUGUCUCUGGUUGGGACAAUAUGCCAAAAACCACGGUUCUCCUCCGUCUCCGGAAGCCUUGCGUCUGAUUUUUGGAGCCCUCGACCCUCUGUCCCUCGACGAUGUGUACGAUUCGACUUUCAUCCUACGUAACAAGGGAACGGUACAAUGUGCAAAAACCGGCAGACGCUUGAUCAACCAAUGUGCCGAACUUGGUCACGCUGAAGCUGCAAUCCAGGUCGUCGCCUCUGCCCUGCGUCAGGAUGCGAUUAAACCCGGUGUACUCAGAAAUCCCACCGUCAUGAAAGCUACAGAGCGCGUGCAUGAGGGCGCAAAGACGGGCAAUGUACGUGCUCUCGUCAUGGAGGCCAACCUAGCCCGCCAUAUGGGUCAAGUCGGACGAGCCACUGCACAGUAUCAAAAGGCCGUUGACCGCAUAAUGAAAGAUGGUGGAGUCCAAGAAGGUGACAAGUACAGUCUGAUCAAAGACGAACUCUCAUCCCCAUGGAUCGAGCUGGGCUACCUCCGCACCACUCAGGGUCAAAUGGUCGACGCCAUGAAGGCCUAUCUAGCUGGACAAGAAAGCGACGACCCAAUGGCCUUCUUCAACCUUGCUCGUCUCGACUUAUUCAUGGCUGGAACUCACUCGCACGACUGGUUGUACAACAUGACCAAAGCUGCUGCCAGUGGGCACUACCUAGCGGCACAGGAGCUAGGCGAAUACUACGCAAACUCUGCCGCAAAUUCCCCGAAACCGCAAGAGUCGUUACUCGUCAAACUAUCUGGCUUCGUCGAGUUCCUUCGAAAGCCGUACCUAGAUCUCAACCCAAAAACGAACAUACAUCACCACGAUGCCUUUGCGAACACGCCACAGCUGCGCAUCAAACUCGCACACGAAUGGUUGUCGACAGCAAGGCACAAUUAUUACUUGUUCGCAAACAUCAGUCUGGCCCAGCUGUAUCUGCAAAAGUUCAUGUAUCCUCAGGGCACACUCAAGAAACCACUCGACCCUUACGGCCACAGCACGGACUCGGGCGCCAUUGUCAAUCCCCUGUUUGACCCUGCAAAGGCGCAGGUCAUGUUGACCGAGGUUCUCACAGCAUGUCGGAGAAUCGCAGAAGCAAAGAGUGUCAGCACGACCAACGCGGAAUACCGUCACAAUGCAAGACCGUGGAGUCACCAUCCAGAAGUGCUCGAGGCGGUGGAGAGCACCGAGACAUUGCAAGAAUUGGAGGAACAGGCGGAAAUGAUAGCCGAUGCGGCUGGUAUUGAUAUCUAUAGUAGUACAGCGCUAGCGCCCGAGAUUCCUCACCUUGGGUUCAUCAGAGCUCAUAAAGGCACAAGAGGCGAGGGCCUUGCCGAGUUGCCCAAGGACGAUGAGCCUGAGAGAGCAAAUCAAGAAGCGGUAAAAUGA